CAGCUACAGAACAACGAUAUAUGAGAAUACCUGUCAAAGACUACUGAUCUAUUUCAACGCUACAUGAAACCAUAGAAGUUGACUUAUCGAACGUGGAGAUUUCCGUCGAAUAGCUAGUUACUUUCUCACAUAAACUCAGACUUUAGCUUUAUUUAUUGCUUCAUAUUAGGCAAGAUUAUAAAUACUUAGCUAAUUACUGGAUCUUAAAGCUCAGCAGAAUGAAAAAUGUUUUUUGUUCACAUUAAUGAAACGAAUACUACAAUACCAGUUGAUAUGGAGCGGACAAACUCAACUUUCAAUCCUUUAGUUUCUACUAACGAAACAACAACAAACAAGACAGAACAUGUAUAUGUCCCAGCGCAACUUGGAGUCGAUCAAAUUAUAUUGGCUGUUUUUUUAUCAUUGGUGACGCUUGUCACAAUAAUUGGAAACAUUUGCGUGCUAAUUGCAGUGGCAAUUGACAAGAAACUUCGGACACCGUUUAACUGUUUUAUCGUAAACCUUGCUAUAACCGAUGUCACAAUCGCCGUGACAGCAAUGAGCUUCUACAUCAUUGACACAGUCCUGGGUUGGUGGCCCUUUGGAGAGGUGGUAUGUGGCCUGUGGAUAUUAUUCGAUUUCGCCAUGACGUUUGCCUCUGUGUUUACUCUAGUUGCUAUAUCCGUGGAUCGCUAUUGGUCGGUAUCAUGGACGCUUCAUUACAAAAGAAACCACACAAGGAAGAAAGUUGUAACCGUUCUCAGUCUUAUAUGGGUAUCGGUCGUCGUUGUAUGGGUUCCGCCCUUUAUUUCCGACCGUAUACACUUCAGCCAGCCUAACAUCUGUAUUUGGGAGCCCUCCCAGCAUAAGGAAUAUGUCAUAUUUGUUGACAUCGUUGGGCACUACUUUCCCUGUUUGUUGAUGCUUUUCUGCUACUGCAAGGUGUUUGUUUUCAUGCGAAAGCACAGAAAGAUUGCGGGGAAGACUUUUGCAAAUGCUGCGACCAGUCAAAUAAUGUCUACUCAAGCCAGUGGCGAAGGCACCAGCAGAACUGUACACUCGACAUCAUCGAAGGACCUCAAAGUACCAAAUGUUGACCUGAAAGUCUCAGCUGAACGGGUCGACAAGCUCAUGCCACCAGUUGGGGAACUUGCUCGAGGCCCUAAUGACAUUGCUACUAACCCAAUUGACUCGGCUGGUGACAUAACCGCUAAUCCUGUUGGUCAAGCUAAUUACGUUGGUAACGUACCAAGAUCGGGAACUUCAGUUGGGCUCAGUAGAAAAGAAGAGAGACGAAUAUUUGUAACAUUGACUUAUAUUAUAUUUUCUUAUUUGGUUUGUUGGCUGCCAUUUUACAUAGUUUUUGAUAUCUCAUUUGCUAAACCAGAGUUAAUUCCCGGAUGGCUGUACACGUUCAUGUUUUGGAUGACCUAUUUCAACAGUACCCUCAAUCCAUUCUUGUACGCCUACAGCAGCAAGCAGUUCAAAUCUACCUUCAAGAAAAUUCUUGCGUGUAAAUUGAAGAAGAUUAAUUAAAUUGUUUUUCACGAAUCUAAUCUUAAUCGUUGUUUGAGUCUCACUCAAUCAGAAGUUGAAUAUCCUAUUAGUGUUUUUCUUGCCUGUAUCAUUAUUUAAUCUCUUGUUGUUGCCUUGGAUAUUACAUUUGGUUUAGCAAGAUAGCAAUGGCCACACGUUUACUUCUUAUUAUGAAUAUAUGGAUAUCUCAAUAGCAAAAAAACAAGAAUACGCCAAGGAAUCACAAUUAGACUAUCAAACAUGAAGGCAAACAUGAAGGCAAAUAAAAAUGACAUUCUCUCUUACCCAUCGUCAAACGAAGUCUUUUACAGUACAUGCACUUGUACAUCUGUGACUAAUAAUUCUAUUAAGGCUAAUAAUUCUCUUCCUGCAUGACCAAAAAAGAGAUAUUCUAGCAACCAUAACUUUUGACCAGAGAACAUUAACUCAUUAUUUAUUCUUUGACUUUGAAAAAUAGAAAGUGUUUUGCAUGAACGUAUUAAACGUCCUAAAUUUUAUUCUCUCCGCAAUUUUUUUUCCUAUCGUCUUCACAGAGUGGGCCGAAAAUCACCACUUUUUAUACAUUUUUAUUGUCCAUUUUGAUUCAUAUAUCACAAAUUCAAAAAUCACUAGAAUUUGCUUAUUUAGUUUUCUCCCAACAUAUUUCCUCAAAAUCAGGACUGAAUCAAAUCAAUCGCCAUCCUUUCCCAAGAACUGUAUAUCUUGCGUCAAUUGACGAUUUGAUUGCUGCUGUUUAGGGACAGGAUUGAAAUAUCAAAAUAAGAAAAUGUGAGGAUGGUUUUUGUAUACCCUGGUCAGUGCGUCGAAUAACUCAAAUGCGAGUGACUUAAAGGGGUCAACGAAGAAUCAGACAUACUACAGGAACAGGUAUCUGAGAGUAGGAUUCCUCAUAAUUGUCACAAUUUCCUAAUAUGUUUUUGCUCUUCAUGCUAUGUCUCUAUGACAUGCCUAUUUCUAAUUAAAAAAAGCUGUCCUGUCUUAGUUUCCGGCUUUAUUUUAAGGGCUAUGUGGCAAAUAUUGACUUAUAUUUUUACAUUUCUUGAUCUUAAAUCUUCAAUAAGUUUUAAUCUUCAUAAAAUGCAGUCUGGUUGAAUUAAAUCUAAUAAAUGAUUUUCUUCACUCAAAAAGUGAUAUUGGAGUCAUAUUUAAAAAAGUGUUUACGAAUCUUGUAUUUUACCCUUAUACUGUAUACCAACCAUUAUAUGGUGAUCAACAAUCGUUAUAAAAGUCAGAUGAGUGACGAAGAAUAUUAUUUCCAUGUAUUGUCAGAUCAUGGGCUUUCAACAAAAAGCCAAUGGUUAAAUUAAUGCCUUUGAAAAGCUCAUUGACCUUGAUAUUUCACAAAUCACUCGUCAUACUGUAUAUAAGAGUAUUUUUUGAUAUGUCACGGGCCUGCGCGUUUGAUCUAUAGUACUAUUACAAACCAAAGGUUUUAUUUCAAAUGACUCUUGUAAAGUGUAUUAGUAUAGGGAUUAUGUCUCUUUUUUUAUUUCACAAAUUGUGUCAAACAAUUUUAGUAACUAUAAAUACUAAUGUUCUUAGAUGUAAUGCUUGUAUUUGUAUGUCUAGUAUUGUGUAUGUUAUGUUUAUAAUAUAAUUUCUCGGAUUUCCUCAUUGUGCCACUGUUGUGUUUAGCAAAGAAAUAAAAAAGAUAAAAAUGUAUGUGA